CUCCGCUGGACCCAUUUCGCCAUUUCCCUCCAUUCCUCUACCUCUGACCCCUCUUUCAGAUCCCCUCUCUCUCUCUCUCUCUCUCUCUCUCUCUCUCUCUCUCAUAGUCUCGCAUAUCAUGAUCUUCAGCCAGUGUGAUAAUUAGUAACAGCCCCCACAUUUCCUUUGGGCUUUCCCAAUUCCUUCUCUGCCUUGUUGACCCAGGAAAAGAGUAAGUAAUGGGGGAGGCGGAGGCGGAACGGAGUCCGGUGGAGAUGCCGGCGACGGAGGAUGAGAAGGUGAAGAAGGAGGAGGCAGUGGCUGUGGAUGAUGAGUUACAGAAGCGGCCCAUUCACGUCCUUGUGGUUGAUGACUGCUCUCUUGACCGCAGAAUUGUUGGCAAGCUCCUUCAAAAAGCAUCCUUCAAAGUGACCAGUGUUGAAAGCGGGAAGAAGGCUAUGGAGGUUCUUGGGUUGGAUAUUGUUGAUGUUCAUCAAACAACAACAGAAACUGCUAAUGCUGACUCAGUGGUGGAUGAUUGCAGCUCUACUCUUAACAAUGACAAUAAGAUUGAUUUGAUCCUCACAGACUAUUGCAUGCCUGAGAUGAAUGGCUAUGAUCUUCUAGUGGCAGUCAAGAAACACAGUGAAAGGAAGGCUACUCCUCCUGUUGUGAUAUUGUCAUCCGAGUAUAAUCCACAGAGAAUCAGCAGUUGUCUUGAGAGUGGCGCAGAAGAAUUUCUGCAGAAGCCUCUGAAGCCAAAAGACAUGGAAAAGUUCCGAACUUACGUUGCAUCAGCAGCAGCCACAUUAACAAGGUCAGGCACAAAGAGGAAAGCCGUAAUGGAGUUGACAUCAGAGAACAAUUCCAAUGAAAGGCUGCCUCGAAUGGCUGGAGUGACUGUCGCUUAACAAGAUUUUCCUGAAAACCCCUUUAUUGAGCAUCUGUCUCUCCUUAGAAGCAAAAGAGGUGACUAACUAUGCUGCAUACGGAGGACAGAAGCUUUGCUUCUGCAAACAUUUAGUUUAGAAUUGUGGUCUGGGUUUUGUGUCUGGCUGGGAAAAGACCACAUCUUUCUGCGAGCUUUGUUUGUGUUUA